AUGACUGGAAACAACCAAACUUUGAUCUUGGAGUUCAUCCUCCUGGGUUUGCCCAUCCCAUCAGAUUAUGAGCUCCUGUUCUUUGCCCUGUUCCUGGCCAUGUACCUCACCACUCUCCUGGGAAACCUGCUAAUCAUUCUUCUUGUUCAACUAGACUCCCAUCUCCACACACCCAUGUACUCGUUUCUCAGCAAUUUGUCCUUCUCUGACCUCUGCUUUUCCUCUGUCACAAUGCCCAAGUUGCUGCGGAACAUGCAGAGCCAAGUACCAUCUAUAUCCUAUGCAAGUUGCCUGACACAGCUGUAUUUCUUUCUGGUUUUUGGAGACAUGGAGAGCUUCCUUCUUGUGGUCAUGGCCUAUGACCGCUAUGUGGCCAUCUGCUUUCCAUUGCAUUACACCAGCAUCAUGAACACCAAGCUCUGUGCUUCAUUAGUGAUACUACUGUGGAUGUUGACUACAUUCCAUGCCAUGCUGCAUACCCUACUCACAGCUAGAUUGUCUUUUUGUGAGAAGAAUGUGAUUCUUCACUUUUUCUGUGACCUACCAGCUCUUCUGAAGUUGUCCUGCUCAGACACUUAUGUUAAUGAGUUGAUGAUAUUUAUCCUGGGAGGGACCAUCACUAUUAUUCCAUUCCUACUCAUUGUUAUGUCCUAUGUAAGGAUUUUCUUCUCCAUUCUCAAUGUCCCAUCUACUCAGGGCAUUUACAAGGUCUUCUCCACCUGUGGCUCCCAUCUGUCUGUGGUGUCUCUGUUCUAUGGGACAAUUAUUGGUCUUUAAUUAUGUCCAUCAAAUAACAAUUCUACCAUGAAGGAAACUGCCACGGCUAUGAUGUAUACAUUGGUGACUCCCAUGCUGAACCCCUUCAUCUACAGCCUGAGGAACAGAGACAUUAAGAGGGCCCUAAUAAGAGUUAUCUGUAGUAAGAAAAUUUCUCUGUAA